AUGAUUGGCAAUAGUGAAGAAUACAUUAGAAAACCAUCAUUCCUGUUUUGGGAGGAUGAUGGGCAAAAUAAGGCACCUAUGACACCUUCAACACUUUCACCAGCGUCUUUGCAUGAGGUGAACUCUCCUUUGCUUAAUAGUAAGAAAAUGAUAACAAAUUCUAUAUACAGCAAAGUGAAAGAGAGAAGAAACUUGAUGCCUAUGGAAGGAAAUUCAGAGAAAGAAAAACCCAUUUCUGAAAAUAUUCCUUGCUUGGCAAAUAAUAGUAUUGGAAUGUUGGGAUGGUCUGAGAAUAUAAUUCAUGAUGAUGAUCUUCCAAAUAAUAAUGAUAGAAAUGGAAUUUUUAACUACAAUUACUAUAAUAGCAAUGCUGAUGAUAUGUUUCAAAGCGAGGACAAGAUUGGAUGCCAAGAAAUGCUAGAUCAAAUAAUUAGUUCAAAGUUUCUAUUAGAAAAUGAUAAUAAGACAAGUGAAAGGAAUAUAAAUAGAUCAAAUACCCAAACUCAAUGCUGCCCAAGCUUACCAGGCGAAAAAAUGAAGUUGAAUAGUCAAAUCACAAAUUACUCGGGUAAUGUUUCAUCAGUUUCAAUUUACAAUGUCACAGAUACCGUCUUUAAAGAGAUGCGUUUAGAGGGAACAUCUGAGCCAAAGGAUAUCUCUAGAUAUAUGGACAAUGAAUAUCUAGAUAUUCUAAAGACAAAUCUAAUGCUAGAGUUUACAAAAAGUCGAACAUGUUAUUUAAAGCUUGUUCCAAGUGUGAUAGAGAUCUUCAAAAUUGUGAGGGAUGCUCCCAAUCGAUGCCCAAUUCCAAUUGUACAAAGUAUUGAUGAUUUAGGGAAAGAAAAGAAUAUUGAAGAAUUUGAGAAUUACUUUGUAAACUGUGUUUCAAAGCAAAAUUCUGGGUUUUUAGCAUUUUGUACUGAAAAAAGGGCUCUGAAGAGUGGGGGAGGAGGUAAAUACUACUUCUUUGAUAAAAAGCUUCAGUUGAAUGGGUGCCAUAAAGUUGACGUAUUGAAUCACCACAGACAAAAAAACAUUAUGGGACCAGUCUUUAUGAAAGUUUUGUUAUUCAUGUUUGUGGUAGAUCCGCCAUAUCACUUGGAUCCAAGAGCAAGAAGUAGCAAUCCUCAGAGACUAAUGGACUUUUACUAUCAGUUGAAAUCAAUGAACAAACUAAAAUCUAUCAAGAGGCUCUUAAAAGUUUGGUGCAUGGAAAUGUGCCCAGAAGAAUAUUUGGAUGCAGGAUAUCCUUUAGGGAGUUUGUUGUGGGUAUCGACAUUGGACAUUGAAAGUCACAUUAAGAAAUGGAGAUAUAGAGGAAAAAAAUCUAAUGGACAAUUUGAAUAUAUGACACCAACUAUAAAUAAUCUCGAAGAAAGGGAAUUCAGAAAAAAUAUGCUUCCUGAGAUUAUAGGGUUUGGAAAUACCGAGCGAAAUGUGAAUGAGGAAAACUUGCAAAUUAAUUUAAAUCAAGGGUUAGAAGGGUUAAAUAUUCCAAAAAAAGAUUUAAUUGGAGAAGAAAAUUGUAUCGAAAAGGGAGGAAAAAAUAGUACAGAUUGCAUUCGUAGUUCAAGUUCCAGCGAGUGUAAUGAAUCUGCAGCAGAAAUUCAGGCACUAAAUCAAGGUUCAAUUUUUUGUAAAAGCCCUAAGAAAAAUAGAGGAAGAGGAAGGCCAAAGUCAAAGCAAAAACCAGUUUUUCUUGAAGAGGAGGGGCAUGAAUGCCCACGAAAAAGAAUGUUUCUCUCCGAAGAAAAUGAAAAUAAUAAUUCAAUGAUUGCAAAUGAAAAGUGUAGUGAGGUAUCUCAAGAUGAAUCGAUUGAAGAACUGGAACUUGAGCUUGGGAUGGAAUUCGAACAAGUUUCAACCUUAGGUUAUUCUUCAAACUUUAUUUGGGAUCUGGUCAGGUCAAUUCCCAUAGAAAGUCUAAACAAGUUAUACAUAAGUUGGUUGGAUGGAAAUAUUCCAGGAGUCACCAAGCUAAUUGUUAACUCCUCUGUAGUACACGAAUACCUAAAUAUGCAGAAAAAUGUUGAGAAUUCUCGUUUUGAAGACUCUUCAUUGCAAACAUAUAGCUGCAAAGAGAUGAAUUCAGAUAUCUCAAACGAAAAAAAAGAUUCAGGAAUAUUAAAUUCUCGAAAGACAAUAUUAUACCAUAAAGCUUUAUAUUUGGCAAUCCAGCAGCAUCUUCUAAUGUACUCAAGUGAGUUACAAGCUCUUCUAAAAGCUCUAGAAGGUAACCAUAUUAUUACAGAAAGGGAUACUGAGAAUUUAGAUCCUUUUCACAAGAAUUUAGAUGUUGUUUUGAACUCUAUAUCUCCUUUACAACAUUUAUCAAUGUCCUUCCAUUGCAAUUCACCAUUAGGAAUUGUGGAAGAAGACCAAAUAGAUGAUGGAGAUAUUUCUCGGGAGGGUAGAAUUAGAAAUAGUUCAGAAGAAAAACUCAUUCAUGGCUGCGAUGAACACACUAAUUCAAAUAUCUCAAGAAACAGCCUGGUGGAUGAUGACGGGGGAAGUCUAUUGGAAUCGCAAAACUUGUCGGAAACACCCAGACUUGGGAAUAAUAUGCAUGACUCAUCUAGUAUUUUUUCCAUUAUUACUUCAGCUCAGUAUCAAGACUUUGUAGAGCUUCCCGACAUUACUUCCUCAUUUUCUGAUCAAUUACUAAAUGAUCAUACAGAAUUAUCCAAACAUUGCACCAAUAUCGGUGAGCCUAUUGAUUUCUUUUUUGCGAUUUCCUAG